UCGUUGACUUACUUUUACAGUUGUCAGUUCACUAAUGGCGUGUCUUCCGGCGACUCAUAAUAAAACGUCAAAAUGGCAAAGAAAAAAGGAGACGAAAAAGUAAACCAAACCCCUCAUAGUGAUAAUGAAGAGCAAAAUUUUGACGAGGAGCCAAAUUUUGAUGACCCGGAAGGUUUCGUCGAUGAUAUCUCUGAUGAAGAGUUGUUAGCGGACCUCUUAGAGCAGAAGCCUAAGGAGUCCGACGGCUACGAGAAUGUAGUCGUGGUGGACGGGUGCCCGCAGGUCGGCCCGGAGCGUUUGGAGAAGCUGCAAAGUGUUAUUAAUAAAAUAUUUAGCAAGUUUGGGACAAUUGUGAAUGAGUAUUAUCCGACAACUGAGACCGGAGUUACGACGGGAUACAUUUUCCUCGAAUAUAGUAACCCGCAAAACGCGGCGGAGGCCGUGCAAGCCACAAAUAAUUGUAAAUUAGAUAAGCAGCACACAUUUUUAGUAAACCUUUUUACAGAUUUUAAAAAAUAUGAAGAAAUACCUAAAGAAUGGGAGCCCCCUGCGCCACAGCCUUUCAAGGUGCAGUCAGAUCUGCAGUGGUAUCUCAUGGACCCCGACGCCUACGACCAGUUCCUGGUGGGCAUCGGCACGGGCGUGGCCCUGCAGGUGUGGCAGAACGCCUUGCCUGAACCCACCUUGCUGCAGGAGAGGCCUAACUGGACGGAGACGUACGCCGUGUGGUCGCCGCUGGGCACGUACCUGGCCACGUUCCACUGGCGCGGCGUGGCGCUGUGGGCCGGGCCCAAGUUCACGCAGUUCCAGAAGUUCUACCACCCCGAGGCGCGCUUCAUCUCCUUCUCGCCCUGCGAGAACUACAUCGUCACCUUCUCGCCCACCGGCGACCGCGGCGACGACAAGAAGCUCAUCAUCUGGGAUAUCAGGACGGGGCAGGAGAAGCGCAGCUUCCCGCCGCCCGACGAGUACGUGACGUGGCCCAUCUUCCGCUGGAGCAAGGACGACCGCUUCUUCGCGCGGCUCGGCGCCGACGUGCUGUCCGUGUACGAGACGCCCGGCUUCGGGCUGCUGGACAAGAAGUCCAUCCGCAUCCCGGGCAUCCGCGACUUCUGCUGGUCGCCCACGGACAACGUGCUGGCGUACUGGGUGGCCGAGGAGAAGGACGUGCCGGCGCGCGUCACGCUGCUGGAGCUGCCCAACCGCGCCGAGAUCCGCUCCAAGAACCUGUUCUCCGUGGCCGACUGCAAGAUCCACUGGCAGAAGAGCGGCGACCACCUGUGCGUCAAGGUCGACCGCUACUCCAAGCUCAAGAAGGACAAGAACGAGCUCAAGUACUCGGGCAUGUACUACAACUUCGAGAUCUUCCACAUGCGCGAGAAGGAGAUCCCCGUAGACAGCGUGGAGAUCAAGGAGCCGAUCCAGGCGUUCGCGUGGGAGCCGGUGGGCAGCAAGUUCGCCAUCAUCCACGGGGACCAGGCCAACAUGCAGGUGUCGUUCUACCAAGUGAACACGGGGCAGGCGCCCACGCCGCUCAAGAAGCUGGCGGGCUCCUUCAACCACGUGUUCUGGUCGCCGCAGGGCCAGUUCGUGGUGCUGGCCAACUUCGGGCUCACGGGCGGCGCGCUCGAGUUCCUCGACACCAACGACUUCACCAUCAUGAACGUGGCCGACCACUACCAGAUGUCGGGCAUCGAGUGGGACCCGACGGGGCGCUACGUGGUGACCGGCGUGUCCUCGCUCAAGUGCAAGAUGGACUGCGGCUACUACAUCUGGUCCUUCCAGGGCAAGAUCCUGCGCAGGGUGAUGAAGGAAGGGUUCGCGCAGUUCCACUGGCGGCCGCGGCCGCCGACGCUGCUGUCGGAGAAGCAGCAGAAGGACAUCAAGAAGAACCUGAAGAAGUACUACCCGCAGUUCGAGUCGAAGGACCGCAUGCGCAGCACGAAGGCCAGCAAGGAGCUGGUGGCGAAGCGCACGGAGCAGAUGAAGAAGUACCGCGAGUACCGGCAGGCGCGCGCCGCCGACUGGGCCGCGCAGAAGAGCCGGCGCCUGGCGCUGCGCGACUACGUGGACACGGACGCGCCGCCCGCCGGCCAGGCGCCCGACAGCGCCGCCGGCAACGCCGUCGAGGAGCUCGUCGAGUUCUUCGUCAAGGAGGAGACCACCGUCAUCGACUAGCCGGCCCCUUCUAGCGCAAUAAACGCCCACACGCGC